CCGUAUUUUGCACGGCACCCGAGCGUCUACGAAGAACGAAUGAGCUGGCACAUUUUGAGCAUGUCAAAAGCACAAAGCAAUCAAUACUGAAGCUUUCGCGGGAUGUUCUAUUAUCCCACAACAAACAGAAAAAAAAAAAACGAGAAAAUCGAGAAUACGCAACGAAGUCGGGUUUGGUCGUAUUUGGAUUGAAAAAAGUGUUGGUGGAAAGCAUCCUGGAAAGCUGUGGAUAAGUAUAAAACGGAGAAAUUUGAGAACUCUUGGGUCAAUCCGAGCUUCCAGCGAAGCUUUGUCAUCAAUCGAAACACCGCAGUGGUUGUGAGUUGUUUAGUUAGUUGAUAUACCAGAGUGGCAUAUGGAUUUUCAAAGAAACUAGGAAAAGUGUGGAAAUGGCUUCGAAAGUGAUUGUCAAGAUACCUGUCGCUCCUUUUGGCAAGGUGAACAAGACGAAAUCUGGCAUAGUCAACGGAGACAUGGUUGUGACUAGACCCCAGGACAGUCCUCCACCAAGAUCUGCAGACACACCAAGGGGUCCGGAUUGUUCCAGAAUAACUCAGCUCGACCAAAACAUAAAAUUUCUUCAGGAACAGCAUCAGCUUAUGCUGUCAGGAUUGCACAAUGAAAUUGAGAACCUGAAAGUGAGGAAUAGAGAACUGCAGUUUCAACUGGUUUUUGUGAAAGGUAUAUCUCCCAGUUCUCCUUCUUCUCCAGAAGAUGACAGCAAACAUAAGAUUUAUACAAGCCCCAAACCAUUCAAUGUAACUCCGCUUCAAGUGGAGAUACUGGAGAAGGAAUUGGGAGAGUUGAAGUUGCAUAUGCAGGAAACAGAAAGCAGGAAUGUUUAUCUAUCAGCAAUAGUCGAUGAACAGAAGAAGAAAUUGGAACGCUACGAAAGGGACCGCGAAAAAGAACGCGAUCGCGCCGGCCAACCUGACCCAGAACUUCUGCGCAAGCUCGACGACGCAGAAACCCUGAUUCGCCGUUUGCGCAGAGAAAACUCAGACUUGCGUCGCGAUACUGCCCCCCACUACUCGCCGAGAGAGAUGAGCUACCACCAGCACAGGAGCGGCGAAAACGGCUUCACCCCCUCCAGAUCCGGCAGAAGCCACGGCAACAGGCACCGAGGCCACUACAGAGGCAACUGGUUUCCCCCACUCCACUCGCAGAGCUACUGGCAGGGCGGUAGGGGAAGCGACAGAAGCGGCGUGCCGCUUGACGGUAACGCGUUACCCAGUUUGCCAGGCAACGAAAGUGGUUACCAGGGAAGGAGGGGGGCGAACAAUAAUCACUACGGCGGGGAAGGCAAAAAGUAUAAAGGGGGACAGAAGACGGGGAAACAAACGUAAUGGCUUCGUUAUUGCUUGGGUGUUUUAAAAGGCUGUCUUUGUAUUCAAUAGAUAGAGUACAUGUUGAAUAGGGUACCCAGAUGGAAAAAAACUUGUUGGAUGAGCUCAAAUGCUGAUUGGUGAGGUUGGGAAGAGGUUAUGUUUUUCCUACCUGGGCUAUAAUAUUAGAUAAUCAUUGUGAUGAGUUCAUGAGUUCUGUCAACGUUGGGAGGAGUGGAUGAAUCAGAUGUUGACAGGAGCUUGUGUGCCAAAUUGGAUAGUGACAGUUCAGGUAUUAGUAUUAUUAUAUUGUCUGAAAAUUGUCUGACCCGUCAUGCUCUUGCCCUCUCAUGUGCAACCCACAGAAGUCUUCAAGAGACUUGUGCGAGCAAGGAAUGAGGUGGGCCUUACGUUUUUAACGUGUGAUCCCAAACACUUUCUUGGGCCAUCAGAAAAAUCUUUGCAGUCGUUGGAUUUGAAACCACGACCAGUGAGCGAACGCGAUUAGAAUACUUAACGCUUCUACCAC